AUGACGAUGAGUGAGAUCACGGACUGUGCUGCGAAGCCCGACGAGAAGGUCAGCAGAGAUGGCGACGAUGCCGCCAGGACGGAGGACCAGAAGCCGUCUGGCCGUGCCGAGUACGAGGACUUCAAGCUGUCGCUGACGGGGAAGCUCAUCUUCUUCACCUUGGCGGUGUUGACGCUGAUGGUUUCGUUGGAUGGGACGUCUAUCUCGGUGGCGUUGCCAGAAAUGGCCGCCGAAUUGAACGGCUCGGCCAUGGAGGCUUUCUGGAGCGGGACUUCAUUCCUGCUCUGCUCAACAGUCUUCCAGCCCAGCACCGCCACGCUCUCCAACAUCUUCGGCCGUCGUCCUCUCAUCAUCAUCUCCGUCGUGUUCUUCUUCGUCGGCGCCCUCGUCGCCGGCCUCGCGCACAACUUCACCGAGAUCCUCGUCGGCCGAUGCAUCCAGGGCGUCGGCGGCGGGGGGAUCGCCAUGCUGUCGGAGGUGGUCGUCACCGACCUGGUCCCUUUGCGUCUGCGGGGGAACUACUACGGCAUCCUCAGCGCCGCGUAUAGUCUCGGCUCGGUGUUGGGACCGAUCGUGGGCGGCGGAUUCUCAGAGAACGUCACCUGGAGAUGGAUCUUCUACAUCAACUUCCCCUUCAUCGGCCUCUCCGCCAUCUCCCUUUUGUUCUUCCGCCUCCCGCGCCCCCCAGGCUCGUUCGGCACCAAACUCCUCCGCAUCGACUACCUCGGCACCAUCCUCUUCGUGUCCAGCGUCUCCUCAUUCCUCAUCCCCCUCUCCUGGGGCGGGGUCAUGCACCCGUGGUCCUCAUGGCGGACCCUGCUCCCACUGAUCCUUGGAUCCGCCGGCCUGAUCGCAUUCACCAUCUACGAGAUCUACAUCCCUUCGGAACCAAUGAUCCCGGCAUCUGUGUUCACGAAUCGCAGCGCGGUGGUCUCCUUCGUCGCGAGUACCCUACAAGGUCUAAUCCUCUGGUCUGCGUUAUACUACCUCCCGCUAUAUUAUGAAGCGGUGAAGGAGUUCGAGCCGAUACUGACCGGCGUGGCGCUGUUCCCGGAGACGUUUACGGUCGCCCCGAGUGCGAUCUUCUGUGGUGUGAUUAUCACGGUGACGGGGCGGUAUCGAUGGGGACUGUGGGUGGGGUGGGCUCUCUCCACUCUAGGGUUGGGGUUGGUGUGUCUCCUAAAGCCUGGGACGAGUACCGUUGCUUGGAUAUUUCUGAAUAUUACGCCUGGGUUGGGACUGGGGAUAUUGACUGCCGCGAUUGUGUGUACGGUGCAGGCGUCGUCGACGAAUAAGAACCUGACGGUGGCGGUGGCGAUGGUGGUGUUUUUCCGGGCGUUUGGGCAGGCGAUUGGCAUUGCGAUUGGGGGUGUGAUUUUUCAGAAUAGAAUGAAGGCGAAUUUGGGCAGGUAUGAUGGGUUGAAAGACAUGGCGGCGGAGUAUUCUCGCGAUGCGGCGGCGUUGGUGACGGUGAUUAAGGGGAUGGGGGAUGAGGGAGUGGAAGGGGUUAGGAAGGGGCAGUUGAAGGAGGCGUAUACCGAUAGUUUGAGGGUCAUUUGGGGCGUGAUGUGUGCUGUUUCUGGGGUGGGAUUGGUGUUGAGUGCGUGGGUGGAGAAGUAUGAUUUGAAUCGGGCGUUGGAGGAUGAGGAUGGGAAGGAUGGGAGGGGGGGCCUUCUGGCCAAAGGCCAGUCCAUGUAA